AUGCUCUCGACCUCACGCAACCGCAAGGCCGUGUACGAUCCAACACCCACUCUAGAGUGGCUAGAUGUAGCCCAUCCGCUCGAGUAUCCUCGAGUAGUGGAGCUUCCGAACGAUCUCAGGUGGGAUCCAUCUCCUGCGCUUGCAGGUGAGCUUCUCAGCUUGUUCGAAUCACGUCUUGGAUACAGUCGGACCGACGUCGCGGAUCUGACGGGUGGGGAUCGGGCCCGCUUGGCGCAUGAUCUGCCAACAUUCAAGGAGGCCUUCGGCAUGAACCGAUUUGUGUAUGUCUUCAAGCUUCCGACACGCCCAGUCCUCAUCACUGCCCACACAAGGAGUCUGUUCAGACAGGACAAUCCUCACCCAGUUGCGCUGGUGCUGUGGACCAUCGAUCAGGACUCGGCUCGGGCACCCGUGCUUUCGCUUCGUGCCGCGUUUGGGGUCAAGAUCGGCCUCUACGCAAAGAUGCGAAGAAGACCGGGAAAGGCUGUGUACAAUCCAGGCUCCUGGACGGACGGUCCGUCCCCGAGGAGGCUCUUGUGGCUUCACUCGCAUGAUUGA